CUGGCAGACGGCGGGGAAGCCAUCUUGGACGCCGUCUCCGCUGCGAAAGUUGGGAGAACCUGUUGCUCGUCACAGUGGCGGUUGGGCAGAGCUCAGCCCCGCGCCCGGCGCUCGCUGUGUGCCUGCCGGCCUCUCGGGGGCGGUGACGGGGCCGCGGGGGCGGGCGGCGCGAUGCGGCCCGUGGACGCGGACGAGGCGCAGGAGCCCGAGCUGGACGGGGAGAGGGUCCGGAGCCCCGCGCUCGCCGCCGGCCGCCGUGACGUCAGCGCCCUCGAGCGCGAGCACGUGCGCGCGCACCUGCGGGCCCGCCGGCGGCUGCAGGAGAUCGAGCGCCUGCUGGACGCGAUCCACAGCGAGGUGGAGGCCUCGGAGGCGCGCGCGCUGGACCCGGCGCGCAGCCCCGGCGCCGAGGCGGAGGAGCGGGUGGUGAAGCUGUGCGAGAAGGUGGAGAAGAAGGCGGCGGAGGCCGCGCUGAUGGGGAAGCGCAUCGUGGAGAUCCACCAGCAGAUCGACAGCCACGGGUGUUGCUGAAGGGCGCGGGCGCAGGUUAUCCGCUGAUGGGCUUGGCCGGUAAGGAGGACUGACUGCUUGGAGAGGCGGAAACCACGAGUCUGUUUUUCCUCUCUCCUGGUUUUCCGUCUGUGUUCUCAUCAUGGUAAAGACACCUCCAGACCAUUCUGGGAGAUGUUUUCAGUGUUACCGUGUCAUACGUGCAGUAGGAUUACUUGGUGCAUUCGGCUUGGAAAAGACAGCGUAGGUAUCAUUUUAACUUUUUAUUACAUGCUCUUCCAUGAAAAAUAGGGCCCAGCUUGUGAGCUGCUGUGUGGUCAUAUUCGUUACCGUGACUGUUGUAUUUUUAAAGUUUGCAAGUAUACGCUUGUGCUCUGCUAUUUUUUAUGCUUCCUGGAAUUUGGGGACAUGGAGGUCAGCGUUCUGCAAGAGAGAAGACACCUUGGCUGCAGCUGCUGAAGCCAGAACCCAAAUCCUGAUGGAGGGUGUUGGCGCCUCCGCCCUGGAUGAGAUUGAGCCGGCCCAGAGGACGGCGGGGCGUGGAGAGUGGUGGGGUGUGAAUUUGGGGACUACGCAGUCUGUUGGAUCAAAGCAGGAGGCCUGUGUCCUGUUUUUUCUUCUUCUUUUUUUCCAGAAAUGUAAUUUUUUCUGUGGCACGUUAAUUGGUGUACAUCAUGUAACCUGUCUGGUGAGUAACCUAGGGUAGGGGAUGAGUUCUCGUCACUACAUAUAUUUGAUGGCUUUUUAUAUAAUACAGUCGUGCGUUUCACGGGCUUCUCGGCCAGAAAUGCACAUGACCUCUGGGGGAGCUGGGGAGGAAGGCGAGGAGCCUGUGGCCACAGUGGGUCCCCGGCUGAGAGCAGGGGGCACCUCCCAGGCUCAGCGAUGUCCACCCUAGGCCGUCGGCGCAGACUUCACAGGGACUGAGGUCAGAGCUCAAGCUUGUUAUGAUGAAGUUCAUUUGCCUGGAAAACCAAUUUUUAGAAUCUUUGUCCAAAUGACCAAAGCUAUUGAGUUGGCCAGAAAAGGUGAGAUAAAUAAAUUUAUUUCAAAAUGAAAA